AUGUCCGGAAACGAGGAUUCCACUCCCUCCGAAUAUCUGUUUCAACCAAUUGAAUCAUAUGAUAGGCCUGCAGUAAUUGGAUCAUACGAAGAGAUCCAACCAGAACCAAUUGUAUUUUAUGAUGAGAUCCAGCCCGAAACAUUUGAAUAUUAUAAUGAGCUCCAGUCAGCACCAUUUGCAUCAUACGAUGAGUUCCAGUUGAAUCCGGGAGCAAUACCUGAUUUAAGCUACUUGGAUAAUAUUGAGAAAUAUCCUAUUCGAGCCGAAGAAGAAAUUUUAAGCUCUUUUCACGAACCACAGGAUCUGCAAUACACCCUGCCUUUAGAGGAAGAAAAACUCAAUGUUCAGAGUUUGCUCUACGGUUUGGAACCGGCUAUCGCGGAAGAUAGAUUGGGGCUAGAAGAUCUUUUGAGACACUCCAUCGAGGAACAAUAUGUACCUGAGGAUAUGAAUACUGAUUACACAAGUUUAGACUAUAUGCCUUUUAGUUCUGCAGAAUACUUAGAUGGCGAAUACGUAGUGGAUCCAGUAGACACAGACAUCCAGUGGCCAUUCGUAGAUAGUGAAGUUUAUGAGGCCACACCUGGAAAAUGGAGCAAUGAGAGGCACGUUGACUCGCCUUAUCCUAAGGAUCCACCAUAUUUUCCGUCGAGCAUAGAUAAUUCGUUAUAUGCUUCUGCAGCAGAAGGUGUUAAUGAACUUCCACAAUUGAACUCGCCGGAUCCUUAUUCGGAGAGCUAUGACACUUUGAGUACGAUAUUUUCAUUACCGUCUCUAGCUAGUACACUUCACGAUAUUGAAGCAGUAAUUAUAAGUGAAGAAUUGAGUAAAACUUUGUUGUUGCCAAAUCCUGUAAUAGAGGAUUUCGGUCUAUUUAAUAGCGAUUCAGAAUACCUUUGGACAAAUGGCGGCGGAUUAUUAUAUACCCCAGAUGCUGAAACAUUGCAACCGAAAACGACUAGCGAUUGGAAUUCGUCAGACGAUAAAGAAGGCAAUAGUAAUUUUGAAACCUUUAUACCUCUUGAUUAUGGCUAUCCGUUUGAAGAGGCAGAAAGCGUGAAAAGUUUGGUGGAAACCGAAGAACCAGAUAGGAAUGUGUUUCUGCCAAACUCCAAUGAUAAAUUACAAGUAGAAGAUGAGUCAGACACAAAAAAAGAGGAUUCUGGCAAUGAGCAAGACCAUCCUGACAAUAAAGAGGAGCCUGAGAAUGAGCAAGAGGGGUCUGAAAAUGAAGAAGAGAAGCCUGACGUCGAAGAAGAGGAGCCUGAAAAUGAGGAAGAGAAGCCUGACGUCGUAGAAGAGGAGCCUGACGAUGAAAACUCUGACAGUCUGGAAGAGAAGCCUGACACUGUGGAGAUGAUCAAGAUAAAUGAAAAAAUGCAGGUUCCAGGAGAAUCUACAAGUGAAGCGGAUGAGGCAAAACCAGAUGCGGAAUCAGAUCGGGAGGGCAAAGCCGAGAGCACCGAAAACAGCGUUAAAUCAGUUGAAGAAUCGGAGAUAGAGGAAGAGAUUGAGAGCAAGACAGAUAAGGAAAUUUUCGCUAAUAAACAGGAAAAUGAAACAGAAGAUUCUGUUGAAGUCGACGAUGAGUCAAACGAAGACGACGAGAACAUGGAAGAGGAUAAUUCCCCGGCAUCAGAGGAAGAAUCGUCAGAAGCUGCUGAAGACUCUUCAGAAAGCAAGCAGGAUGAAGAAGCACAAGACUCCUAUGAAGAUUCAGAAACGGCAUCCAAAAAGAUCAUCAGUAUAAAGACGUUACCCAUGCCAACCCCUAGUUUCAAGGUGGCUGUAAACUAUGACAACAGUAACGAAGACUCCGAAGGUGGGUUAUUGUACAAAAAAACAAAGUUAAAUAUUUCCUUACAGAAUAAUAUGUAG